AAUUUACGGAACAACCACGAAGCCGGAGUAGCCAAGAAGGAAACCAGGGUAUUGGCAUCCGUCCUAUUAAUGGUCGAGUCUCGCUUGCUUCCACGUUGAAACCACGUCCAAGUUUUAAGCCGCCCUCAUCGUUGUGUCCCUAAUAAUCAGCAAGCUAGCCAACAAGUUCACGUAAAACGUCCCAUUUAGUACUAUUUGGUCUCCUUUUAUAGGAUACACGCUGGGAAAUAACUUGAAAUAUGCACAAUGACCAUCAAUUCCAAAGUUGUCCGCACCCUCACGAGCUGCCGACCGACACCUAGCAUCAUCAGACCCCUGCGUGCAGAUUGGGCAACUGUCAACAAACCAGAUCAAGUCCACCCACACGUUAGGGCAUUCCAGACCAUACCAUCACGCUGUUCCAAAUCGGCCAACCCAGACGUGUCCGAAUGGGAGACGGUUGCACAUAGCGCAGAGCCGCCACAACAGACAAACGAGGAUGCUGGCCGCAAGAGAUUUGCCGACUUCGACUUGGCAGGGAAGACCUUCAUCAUGACCGGCGGCGCCAGGGGUCUCGGGUUGGCUCUCGCAGAAGCGCUGGUCGAAGCCGGAGGCAAAGGCAAGCUUUGUGCUUACCCAAGCCUUUCCCGAGACUCAUUCCCGAGACUCAUAAAAUUCAGUAUACUGUCUGGACCGGGUCCCGACCAGGGAGACGCCUGGGAACAAGCCCGAGCCCGCGCCGUGUCGGAAUGGGGCGGGUGUUGAAGAAUUUUGAGGAAGUGCCCGGCUUGAGGGAGAAGUGCGAGAAGGAGAAUAUGAUGGGACGGCUUUCGGAACCGCAUGAGUUUAAGGGGGCGGUUUUGUUUCUGGCGAGUAGUGCGAGCAGCUUCAUGACGGGGAAUAAUUUGGUGAUUGAUGGCGGGCAUACCGCCUGGUAGGGUUGGGUUUGCUGGGAGGAGUCACAUGGGAUGGGAU